CUGUUUCUCUUGUGGCAUCUGUGUGGAAAGUGCCACACACACUCCAGAACAACGACGGCUUUUGCUUGCAUUUUCCAGUGUUUCUUUUGUCAGCGAGUUCAGCAAAGUUGUAAUUCUUCAAGUGCCAGCCCUGAGCUGAGUGAGGAACCACCAGCAGAGAUGGUAAAAAUGACAAAAUCAAAAACGUUCCAGGCUUACCUGCCAAACUGUCAUCGAACCUACAGCUGUAUCCACUGCAGAGCUCACCUAGCUAAUCAUGAUGAGUUGAUCUCCAAGUCUUUUCAGGGAAGCCAGGGACGAGCCUACCUCUUCAAUUCUGUAGUGAAUGUGGGCUGUGGUCCAGCAGAGGAGAGAGUACUUCUGACAGGUUUACAUGCUGUAGCAGAUAUCUAUUGUGAAAACUGUAAGACUACUCUUGGAUGGAAAUAUGAACAUGCUUUUGAAAGCAGUCAGAAGUACAAAGAAGGAAAAUUUAUAAUUGAACUUGCCCACAUGAUCAAAGACAAUGGCUGGGAGUGAUUUCCCACCCCCCUCUCACACACUCUGGACAAUAUUCUGUGGAACAUGCUUUAUAAAGACUAGUGCAAAGUAAAGGAGGAUUCUGGCUGAGGUGGCUCUGAAAAUAUCGCUGAACUUUGAAACCUCACAAAUGAGUAGUGUAGUUUGUGGCUCUUUCAGGCCAUGUUUGCCUUUUUCUCCUUGUGUAAGUUCCAUCUUUUUGUAUAUGUACUCUUGUGUGAACAGUUGUUUUGGAACAUUUUGGAUGACCUUUUUCUAAACUCUGACUAGAGAAACCAUUAGUUAUAAUUGCAGAUGGAUUUUACUGGUUGGUAUCUAUCUUUUACCUAUGCCUUUAAUGCUACCUUCUGCUGUGCAUGCUUCUUGCCUAAACACCUACACUCCAAUCCUAUGGAAGACCUGUAUGAGCAGUCCUAAAGAAUGUAUAGGAUGGGGGUGUCUUUUUAUAUGUAGCAACUUCUGACGUCUUUUGGAAGCGAAGGGGAUGCAGUAUUGUAGUUUCAUUAAUUUCUUUUUAAAAUUUGGGAGUACAAAAACCCUGUGUACGUCUUGUAAGGAAACUGAUUAUAGGUACAGUGCCCACUUAGAAAUCUUUCAGUUGCACUGACUGAAUGUAUAAGACCUUAAAUUUUGUUAAGAAUACAUUGAUGUUUUGAUAUAAUUAGUGCAAAUAACUUGCAAGAACAUUAAGGAAUGAUACUGUAAUUGUAAUCAAAAUACAUUCCUUAUUCCACAACCUUUUAUCUUUAGGGAAGAAGAAAGAAUAACAGCCUGCAAGAUCAAAGGGCACAAAAAUGUACAUGUCUUUCACUUGCUACCAAAUUAUUUUUUGCACUGUACCUUUAACAGUAACAGGGAGCUAUGCAUCAAUGAAGUUGUAUGGCUGGUUCCAUGUAGCUGCAUAGCCUAAUGCACUGGACAAAGAGGUUGAUAUAUUUAAAAAAAAAAAAAAACUCCUUAAAAUAUUCUACUGUCAUUACAUUUGAACAAGAAUAGAUAUUUUUGUGGGAAAAGGGCCAUGGCCUAUGAGAGAAAAAUGGGGGUUAAUGGGAGGGUAGGAAAGUAAAGAAUGAAAGUUGAUUUCACUUAUUCAUAAAAUAGAAUAGCAAGAUAAUCCUUUUUUUAAGUAUAAAGAAAGAAAAAGGGGGUUACUUGGUUUGCUGGAUAAAUCGCCCCCAAAAACAUUUUUGUAAUAAAGUUUUAUAUAAAAAUGUGCUUUCUUCCUGUGAGGUUUUUUUUCUAGUUCUUCCAGCUACUUUUCAACUAGAGUGACUUGGAGAGAAACUUCUAUAGAUGUGUAUACACAAUAUUAAUUAUUGGGAUUUGUGUAUACACUUUCAGUGUCUUAUGAAAUACUUUGUUCUUAGAGAGGAACUUUUGAACUUGGCUCCCUUAAUUCUUGAGAAUAGUGGUUGGGUAAAUCUUUAACACUACAUAAGUACUAUGACAAAAUUAAUAAUAUGAAAGCCUUGCAAUACAAAGUAAUUCCUUUCAGUAACAUUUUAACUUGGCAUCUAUGAAGUCUAGUAAUAUGUGCCAUUGCUGCUGCUGCUGUUACGUUCUAGAAAAUCUCUCAUAGGCUUUCAGAAUUCUCCUGCACUUUACUGUUCUAUGUCAUUCAUUAAAAAGUAUGCCAAUGGGUAAGAGCAAUACAGAUCUUUAGAGAGAGCUUUUAAUUUCUUUUUUGGGAGGAGGGAAAAUCCUCCCAGCUGUAAAGGUGUUUUCUAUGAUGCAGGCUGGCUAAACUGCACAUCAGAAAUCUACAGAACUCAAUGUUUAACAAAACAAAAAAUAACUAAAACUUUUAGCCUUUAGUCCAAAGAACUAAGUCUAAUUUGGAUUUUAAAGGUGGCUGCAUUGGUUUUCCAUGUUGAAGAAUAUGAUCAGACAAGAGAUUCCCCUAUGACUAAAACUCAUUGAUGCAAGAUGGGUAUUAGGUUUUUCGCUCAUCUUUGGCCCUUUCAACUUGGAAUCUCUAUACUAUUUUCUUCUAUUACAGUGCCAGCAAGGAAAACACUGGUACAGUCAUAACAAGGAGAUGGAGAUGGUAUUGGUAUCAAUGUCUAAUUUAUUGUAAUGUUGAUACCCAUAAAGAUGUCUAUAGACAAGUUUAUCUCUUUCUCUUCUCCCCCAGCUGCAGACUUGUAAAGCAGUACACUAAGUUGAAGAAAAGAAAAAUAACUACUUUUCACUAUAAGAGAGACCACAAAUUUAAGGUUAGCUGUUCUUUAAAAAAAAAAAAAAAAAGAGAGAGAGAAAAAUAUCAUUGCUACUUUACUUUAAAUAGCAAAGCUGGAUGUCUCUUGUUAGUUAGCUAAUAGAAGACCAAUUCUUAUUUAGGACCUCAACCUCUUUCUUCAGUGCAUUAUUUAUAUUUCACACUGGAAAUUUUCACCAAAACCUUUAUUAACCUCAAUGCCAAAGGUUGAAAUUUCAUGCAGUGCUUAACACCUAGAACUUUAAACUGUUGGCAUAAGGAGUUAAUAUAAAUUAUAUGUAAUGUUUAGGGCUUUUAAAAGAACCAAAUAAAGCAUAUGCUUGAGUCUUUAAGGGGGAGAGGGAUAGAAUCAUAGAAAGAAGGACUGGAAGGGACCUAUAAGAUCAUCAAUUCCGGUCCCCAGCCAUGAUGGAAAAGAGAAGCUAUACCUAAUACAGAAUUACUUCUGUGUAAUAUUUUUUUCUGUUCAAUCUGAUAUCUGGGAAUAAUAGAAAUAUUUGUUACUGUUUGAUAUAAGUAAUUGGUUUUUAAACAGUUCUGCCCUUGUAAGAUAUGAAGCAUUUCAGUUAAUGGUUUUGGUGAAAGUUGAAUCCAGAUAUCAAUGGCUGCUGGUUGAUGUAAAGAGGUCAGUCUGGUCACUGAACCUUCCAGUAGCACAUUUAAAAAUAAAAAACAAGAAAAACAAAUAAACAUUUUACUUGAAAAGAAUUUUGAAAAGCAUUUUCCCUCUCACCAGUUCUUUGUAAUAUAUUAAGAUUAUAUUUAAAGAUUUUGUGUUCGUUUUGGGCAAGUUUACUUCCCCUCCAACUUGAGCACUUUUGUUACUUGUACUGGUUAUUUUUAUUGUUGGUCUUAACACUUAUUUUGUAUUUUUUUUUUUUUUUAUAAAUGUAACAAAAAGCUUUUGUGAACUUUUGUGUUUCAUGCUGGCUCUUUUCUAGGACCAAAUGAACUGACUACGAGCUGGCUAUUUGGAAAGAUAUGUUCAUUGGGAUACAUAGGAAUGUGCUAGCAAAAUGUACAUGUAUUAAAAGGUUUUUCAUUUGCACCUCUAAAGCCAUGCAUCUCCUAAAAUAAAUGAGCAUCAUAAUUUGACAUUCUUUUUUUGUAAUCUGGUGAUUCUUCAUUGUCUAGGCCCUAAAUAAUGAUUGUAACACAGUUGUUAUAUAGUUAUACUUUAAAUGCCAGGUUUCUUUCUUUGCCUGAUUACUCUGGAAACAUUUUUAACUCAUGAAAGGCAGUGCUGUCAUUUACAGUACAUUAGGUUUCAAAAGUUAACGUAAACUGGCUACAGAAUUAAGGAGGGUUUGUUGAUGCAUUAGCUCAUCCAAUUUUUUUUUUUGCUAUAUAUGUGGAUUUACUUUACUGUUGCCAUUUUAAUAUACAGUAUUUUAUUACCAUCUUACCAGCCUGUAAUGUUUGCUCAUUAGCUUUACUUGCUGUUAAAGAGGCCAGAAUGUGUGAACUUUUUUAUUUAUACAUAAACCACACCGCAAUGUAGAUUUGAAUUAUACCACUCUGCACUAAUGAAGUCUUGAUGCCCUACUGCAACCUAAAUACUUGACAAAUUAAAAAAAAGAAAAGAAAAGCCAACUUCUCUGUGAAUGGCUUAAUUUUGCAUGCAGCUAACUUUAGGAACCUGUGGACACCCCUUUUUAAACUUUGGGGUUUUUUAAUUAAUCAAAGUUGUUUUCCUCUUUUAUGAAGAGAUGAUCAUGUAUUUGGAUCGAGAUGCAUAAAGAGCCACAGAGAGACUUGAACAUAUGCAUUGUAUGCUAAUGGUGAAGAAUGAAGGGAAGAUGUCAAAUUGUUAAGCAUGGACACAGCUGUAGUUCAUCUAGCACUACUGUGGCCCAACCAGCAGUAUAAAACCUCUAUUGUGUAGGAAUAGGCAUUUCAGAGGUUUAUUUUUUUUAAAAGGACUGUUACAAUUAAUUUAAGGCCUAAGCUGGAGUCAUAAAUGAGAACUGAGUUGUGCCUCAUUGUUUCUUAAACACUUUAAAAUGCUUUUAUUUACAGAUGACAUGGCUGCUUUGCUGUUUUGUCCUAGCAAUACUGUACCAUCAUUUGUUGUUUCAUUAUAUUGUAUCUAUCGAAGGUAUCACAAUAAAAGCUUUCAAAGAU